UUUUGCCAGUCAGGAAGCGAGGAAAUGAACGUCGUGGAAAUCUACCGAGUCAGAGAGCAAAUCUUGUUAAAGGAGAACCCAUUUCUCUUGUCAUUGAUCCGUAUACAGUUAGCUAAAUUAACCCCUUCCAAGUAUAUUGUACCAUUUAUUGAACAGCCUGCACACAUUGUUUUCUUAAGCCUCGGUACCUUGUUCAUUAUUUUAGAAGAGACCAAUUUGAACUGCUGAAAUUAUCGACUUAAUGAGAGGCAGAUUUGCUUGUACAGUGUAGACUGUUAAUCGCAUUGACCUUGACUCGUUAUAGACAGUUUUGAAUAUAUUAACUACAAGGCCAAUUAUGCGCUAUGUCUCUGGGGUUAACUGAAAUGGGGGGUGAAUUGAGAUAAUUCCUUUCUCAUAAAGUACUACACAUUUUCAUUAUGUUUUUUUUUAAUAACCUGGACCAGCGGGCUCCAUAACUCGUAGCUGUUGCUAGAAGACGCCCGAAAGGUGCUUCCAGAAUUGAAAGUGCACUGAAAAUGUUUGAUGCCAAGACCUAAAUUGCAUUGAAUUGCGGCUGUCCUUGAAAGCACUACUCCUCAAAACGCAUUGUCGUUACUGCACGAUUGGUAAAGUUGCUCAAAAGCAUUCAUUACCCUUCUAGAAAAUGAGUACCAUUUGGUUUCUCAGUACUGUAAUUAUUUGGGCGGGGAUCUUUUUUUUUAACACCUACACGGUUUGCAAGUGUCCUACUAAUGCCUACGCGAGUAGCUGCCACUAUGGACGUGGUUGAAAAAGUGUGCCUGCCCCUUUAACUGUGUGCUGUGCGCUCUCUGUUGUGCUGCGAUUUGACAGCUCUGCGUCCUGCGCAUUCCCGAUUAUGGCCCUCUGACUACGAGAGGGCUCCAGUCGCUAUUCCGGGAGCGCUGUUCACAGGGACUCGCAGCCUCUGAGGAUACCAACCGUAUCGUUUUCGGCUGAAGUGGAAACCGUAACUAUACAAGAAAACAAGGAGUUAAGAUUACAGCUUCCUCGCUGGGUGUUCGGCACUGUGGGCACAGCCCGGAGACGAAGAGUAAGGGGGGAGAAUUUAAAAAGGAAGAUAUAUACAAAAUAAUGUAUCUAAAUUAUUACUAGUGUCGUGCUUGCUCUACAGACGCUGGCAUUACUGCGUAUUAAACCUUGACAAUGAUUUUUUUUUGUUAAAAAAGGAAAACUGGUUGCAUAGGUUGCCGUUUAGAUGUAGCGUUCGUAAAUAAUCCUAACCCACUAGCUAUUAAUGAUACUGUAACUACUGACGCGAUUAUAUUUGAUGGACAUUUGUGGUUAUUAUUUGAACACGGCUACAACAAAAACAAAAAAAAACAUCCAGGGGUGACAAUAUCGAUAUAACCCACGUUGCAGCUAAUACUAUCAAAUCAACUACGCAAAUUCCUUGCAUCAAUGGAAUAUUACACAAGACCGAGGGAGCGGGUCUGAAUGUGGAUUCUGAAAUAAUGUGGGACGUUAACCGGAGCAAUGUAAGGCGAUAUAACCUGGACGGACUGAAACACCUGCGCUGGUAAAUUCUCAAGACUAAAAGUGGUCAGUGGGGAAACUGGUUUUCACACACACAAAAAAAACCCACGAGCGAGACAACGAAACGAAGGGUAGACACAGAGGACGGAUUUUUUUCAUUCUUUCAUUAUUUUUUUGUGCACUUUGCAUACUGUACCUCAGCCAUGCAUCUUUCUCGACGUCAAGAACAUGACGCCAGGACCCCAGUUGUCUAAACACACGCGAAACUCUCGACAGGAGAGGAAGACUUUAUUUCACUCUUGGUCACAAAUAACCAGGGCGACCCCAGAAAGCGCCCUGCAGCUGAAAGUGUGCUGGAGACCACCGAAUAUGCGAAUAUUAAACACAGAGACAUUUAAUGACAUUGUUGCAUUAACGUAAGCCUGUGAGAAUAUUUGUGUAUUAACGCACGUUUAUCUAUCGUACAUCAUAAAUGAUAUGAAUAUACAUUACGUUUACCGCACUGUUCAUACAUUGAAUGCUGUAUAUUAUUUAACUCACGCUCAGCUAUAGGUUCAUUUCGGAUGCCCUUUUCAAACAUCGGAUGUCUAAUUCAAACAUCCUUUGCCAUUCCUAUAAUUUGUGACUGCGCCCCAGAUGACUGACAUAUUUCAUUUUAUCAUCAUCCUAAGGACAUCGUGAAGAACAGAAGGAAAAAGAAGCAGGCGUUCUCUUUUUUUUUUGUUUUGGCUUUUGCUGAAUUCGCACUCGGACUGCACGUCAAGCAUCAGCUCCCAGUACUUGGAUAAGGGUGGAUAUUAAGCAUGGCACUAGUACGGCUUCAGGAUGUCAGCUGGUUCCUUUUAGUUGCGCUCUUCUUCGCCUCCGUCCUGACUGUCCUCUCGUGGCUGGUGCAGUAUUCGAGGGGAGUAUUGCGGCGGCGGACCGGCCGGCUGGGCUACCAGCGCAGCGGCUCGGUCUCUGUGCCCGGGACCGCACCUCGCCAGAUCCGCGCCGGGGGCGUGUGGGGCUCCCUACUGAAGCUGGGGUUCGGGCUGGACGGAGGAAGCGGGGUCAGCGGCGAAAGCGAGGCAGGGGUGAAGGGCCUGUUGUCAUCCCUGUUCGCCUUCAAGUCGUUUCGGGAGAACUGGCAGCGGACCUGGGUUCGAGCCCUCAACGAGCAAGCGUGUCGGAAUGGGAGCUCCAUCCAGAUCACCUUUGAGGACAGCCUCCAGCUCCCUUCCUCGGCCUCCAUCAGUCAUGUGACCUGCACGGACCAAUCAGAGCAGAGCAUGGUGUUGCAGUGCCACUGCGCGGUGGACACAGUGGCCUUCCCAGUGACGGUCACCCAGCAGUCACCCGCUGCCGUCUCCUUGGAUACUUAUCAGGUCGCCAUGGCGCCCAUGGAAGCUCAGUUGGUCAUCUGCCUGGAGGAGGUGGAGGAAGAGGGCCUGCUGGUGUCCUGGACUUUCUCCCAGCAACCCCUGCUGUCCCUCACCGUCACCCCACGCAGGAUCCAGAAAGACGUGAAUGAUGGGAAGGUGGAUCUCGGCACUAUUGGGGAGCUGGUGAGGGACACCAUCGUCAGCACACAGCCAGCCAUGAUCAUCAACCUUAGGGCCUGCAUCUCCAGCCCUGCGGCGCCGGGCGAGCGGCUCGUCCGGCCCGUGCGCUCCCCCUCCCGCGCGGUCUCUGCGCGCAGGCUGCUGGUGCAGCAGCUCCGGGCGGCCGGCCUGAGCAGCGGGGCAGGACCAGGAGGCCAGGGUGAGCUGUGCUGCGUUCUGGACCUGGAUCCGCCCACACACCAGGGAAGGACCCACUUCCUGUCUUCCUCGGGACCGGACUGGGAGCUGGACUGGAACGAGGACAUCACUCUGGAUCUGGGCCUGAACACCAGGGAGCUGAGAGUGAGGCUACUGGAGAGGAACAGAACGAGCGGAGGAGAACAGUUCCUGCCCGGCCAGGCCACUAUCCCACUGGACGUCGGUCAGAAGGCUCCCACUGGCCGACAGGUCCUUCUAAUCAGUCCAGGCCCAGGACUGCCCUCGAGUGGCACCGUCUCUCUGGAGCUGGUGUAUCUGGAGCCCGGAGACCCCCACACCUGGCCGACGGCCACUCCCCUCCGCACCUCCCUCACCCCCACGAAGAAGGUGGAGAUGGACCGCACCAUCAUGCCCGACGGCACCAUCGUCACCACGGUUACCACUAUCCAGUCUCGACCCAAGCUGGACUGCAAGCUGGACUCCCCCUCUUGCUCUCCCUCCAAGGUGGAAGUAACGGAGAAGAAACCCACCGUGCUUGCAGAGGAACUCCAGGAAGGGGUCUCCGCUACCACCAGCACGGAGAGCCACCUCUCGAACGGGCUGGACCCUGUGGCCGAGACCGCCAUCCGCCAGCUGACGGAAUCGGCCAGCAAGGCGGCGAAGAAAACGCCCACCAAGAGGAGCACGCUCAUCAUCUCGGGGGUCUCGAAGGUUCCAAUCAUGGAGGAUGAGGCAGCCCUGUCAAUCAACUACGCUGCAGCGAUGGACGCCGCCCUGCAGGGGGAGCCUGUCCCUGGGGCCGCCAACCACAGCGGGGCCUCCUCCCAGGGUGCCGUGCAGCAAGAGCCCGACGAGACCACUCGCUCGGACAUCUCCGAGCGGCCCUCCGUGGACGACGUAGAAUCCGAGACUGGCUCAACUGGAGCCCUGGAAACGCGUAGCCUGAAAGAUCACAAAGUGGGCUUCCUGCGCAGUGGUACCAAGCUCCUCUUCCGCAGGCGGCACCGGCAGAAGGACCCCAGCCUCAGCCAAUCGCACGAGGACGUCUCCAAUCUGGGCAACGGCUCGGCGGUGCGCAAGAAAUCGGGCAGCUUCUCUCGCCGCCUCAUCAAGCGCUUCUCCUUCCGCACCAAAUCCAAGAGCAAGACCAGUGCCAACGGUGGGAUGGGCGGCGCAGAGGACUGAGCUGUUGGGGGGGCUGGGGAGGGGGGCGGGGGAAGGCAGACAAAGGCAUGCAACGCAGUUUAAUUCAGGAACCUGGGAUAGAUCCCUGGUGAACGCCUCUCGUACCAACAACCACUUAAUCCUGGAUUCCAUGGAGCGCUGUGAGCCAAUUCCUCUGGGAACGGGGCUUUUUAAAUGUUCAAUUCCAGACUGAUGCCUACCUGGGAUACCUGCAGGAGAAUGGCACUGUUUGUGGCAUUUUGACUUCCUCUACAGUAAUAAGUCCUUAUCCCCCACCCCCCCUCCCCCCACCAAACUAGCCUCACUGAAUGCAUCCAAAGUGUAAAGAGUUUUAAAUACCCGGACGGCGAGUGGCCUGUACUGUUCAUUUGUUAGAAGAAAGGGCCAGGUUUAUUUUGAUUGCACUAUGAAAAUGAGCAGAGAAAAUACUCUAUUUUUUAAAGGACUUUUUAAAUCCUGCAGGGAAGGCAUAUUCUAUCAAUCUCACCACAUGCUAAUGGCCUCUUUAUUUGAUUAGAAUUGUUCAGUUUUGACUGCACUGCAAUCAAACUGAAACUGCACAUCACAACGAGUUCUUUACUUACAAUUGCAAUUCAGGUCCAACAGUGGCUAAACAAUUUAUGAAGGAACUACAUAUUUAAAGGGUCAGUGCAAUAGAUGUACACAGGAGGUUACACUAGUCUGAGAUAACUCAGGUAUUCUUUAAACUACAGGUCCCAUUGCUUGCAGUAGGAGAGGGGGAGACAGGUGUUGGGAAGGGUCACAUCUUGGGGUGACAGAUUUUGUAUUUUUUUUAAAAAAGAAGAAAUGAUACUUCUCCACAGGUCUUCAUUGACAUGUAGGGUGCAGGAGAAAAUACCCACUCUCUUUCACAGAGGGGUGUCUGAUACUUUUUACAAAAAUACACCACUGGAGGCAUCCCAGUGCCUACACACACAGCCGCCACUCUACGAGCAGAGAUCCAAGAGCCUUGUCCCAGAUUCUGGGUCCAGUCUAUCCGCAUGCGAGGCUCGGAGUUCCUCCUUCUUUCUUGGGAACUCUGGUCAUGGGUCUGGCUAAAAAUGAAGCUAGGAACACAAGAUAAAGCAAAGGGGGCAGAGUGGACAACUACGGGUUAGCAAGAAGGACUCAUCUGUAACUGCAGUCGUGGAGAUAUGGGACUCUCAAGCCUUCCUUUUUAGGAAGAAGGACGUGUGUAAAAAUAGUGCCGUUUACGGAGCACAUUAUUUUUGGGAAGUUUUGAAAGGAACCCUUGGAUCCGCAUCAAACACAGAGCUGUUCUGACAGCAGUUGGGUCUCCUCUAGAGCUCUCUGCCUCCUUUCUCCUUUUUUUCCCCCAAUUGGAUUAAGAUCAAAUUCCUCAAAUACCAGCCCCUGCCUUGUGAAACCUAAAAAUGCCAUGAAGAAGAUGGGAGAAACGUGACCAUCCAUCAUUCCCCACUCUAUACAAGCGCCAGAAGUGAAAGAUUCUAGGCCACUGAAGCUUGUCAGUAUAAACCACAUCUGAGAACAUGGAAGAAGCUUCAGAUGACCAAACGGUUACUGUAUUAAGUGAGGAACACUCCACUACGCCGUGCUACGGUAAAAGGUAGUCUUAUGGGGCAUUUCAAUAGCUACAUUUCCAUUUAUCAGGGCCAUCGGUAAGGAACACUAGCUACUAAAGCACAUUCCAACAUUCAGCAUUUCUCAAAAAUGAAACAAGGAAAAAAUACAACUAGCGCUGAAUGAACUCAGUUGAAAACAGACCAAGUUUCAGAGCUGCAGUCCAUGUACUGUAUAUGUAGGGGCUGUGGCUCCCUUUCUAAAGUACUAAAAUCAUUCAAAGGAAAAGGAGAGGGAAGUAUAAUGAAUUCCAUGCAGUUCUAGAAUAUAUGGAGUUUAUCACACAGUUGUGAGUGGGGACACACAUUUAUCAUCCCUCCACUCCAAGCUCUUGGUUUCCGGCAAGCUGUGAUAACUCAAAACAAGACAAUGCCUCAGACCUCGCAAUCCUGUUUAGAGACUAUUUUUCAUUAAAGUAUAAACUGAAAAUUUUACAGAACUGGAAACCUACAUUUACCAUGACUUUGAAGCUUCUAUACUGUAGAAACCAAGAGAUUCGAGCCUGAAGCGUUCGUUCGUCCAGCCAAGCUUUAUUGUAGGCAUACAAGGAACUACAAUAAGGACCAUAAUAGUUAUAGUAUCUAUCGUAGUUCAAAGGGGAUAUGGCUCUACACAGCUUAUAUAUACACAUUUCUCUACACACUCCCCCUCCUGUCUUUGAGGUAACUUUCUCACAACACUCCAGGACUCAGAAAGCACUUAAACCUUCCUUUCUCAUCAGGAGUUUUGUGUAAAACUCAACAUUUGGGCUUUAGUAAGGGGGGCGGGGGAGGUGAGCAUCUCUGCUUAAGCAAGCGUGAUGAUCAGAGUUUAGCAUGUGAAUUCAGGAGUUCACAGCUCCUACUACUAUAUGGGUACAGAGUAACAUACAGAUUCUGCUAGCAAACUCCAUCACACUGUUCUCCUAUGCCAGGGGGAGCAUAAUCGUUGUCAUUUUAAACUUCUCCUCAAAGGUGUUUCCUGAAAGAGGAAACAGAGAACCUUGCUGUGUACACUAAUGUAUAUAAUUCUGCUGGGAGGUAGAUUUACUGGAUUUUUUUUUAAAGAAGAAAUGUUUAACUCCAAUUCCGGAGAGGUGCAGAACAAGCAGGUUGCUUCCCAGAAGCAGUGAACAUCAAAACAAACAGACGCCGGUGCUGUAAUGUUUACGAUUGAGACAGACUGUGCAGGUGCACUGCAGGCACAGGCAGAGAAGAAUCAAUGAAGAGACAAUACUGUUCAAGUACCUUCCUGUCAGCUGUGGCUUCUUAACGUUCAUCACACACUGCAGAAACAGGGCCUUGCACUUGGGCUCCAUUUACCACUGUCAAGACCUCAGACUGCUCUACUGUUGCAUAACGGGCUCAUUCUGAGCCUGUUACAAGGCAACGCAAACCCCUAGGAAACCAGACUGUGUAAAAGUCUCCUGCUGUAGCAGGCCAGUCUUUUGGCAGAGAUGAAUUCAAACCUCUUUGGCAUGCUAUACCUCAAACCUGGGAGGUGUGAAAUCUAAGAUGAGCUAAAUACCCCGCAGUAGUUUGGAUUCUAGGAUAGGUUGGAAAUGAUUCCAGAAAGCACUAGUUUAUACCAUGUCUCUCCGAUUAGACUCUCUCGGAGUACCAAAAGUGCAAACCUGCUCCCGUUACAAUUCAGUUUGCCUUUCAUCGCUGUCCCCUGCUUCAGCUGAAAAACCCUGAAGGAACACUGCUUCCUUCCAGCUGUGCUCCACAUCUCCAGUGCUAAGGGUUUACUCAAUUCACCUCCUUGCUUGUUUAGACUUAACUAGUAUGUUCUGCAAAGCUGGGGGUGUCAAUAAUACAUUUUAUUUGGGCUUAAACAGCUUUUACUGGUUGAUCGAGGUGAGUAUGAAUUUACACAGUUGAGAAUGACAUGCCCGCAAUUAGCAUUUUUGUCUUUCUAUCUGACUGGUUACAUUUCAUUCAACAUCUGUGUGAGGGACACUCUGAUACUGAUCCAGGGUUGAUGCCAGGUACAAAUCCCAGUUCCCCUUUUAAGAGCGGAGGACAAAUUGACAAAUACACCCCUAAAAUAGGAAACUGAAAUCAGUUGGACUCCAAUUAAGAACUCAGCUAGAGUAAAUUCCAGGAAGCAGUGUUUAUCUGGUCCAGGGUUGGGUACAACUGCACUGUGUUGCAGUGACACACAUCUCCAAUCUUUUCCUUUCUUGCGACAGGGACCUUCAUUAGCUAACCAAAUUCCUAAUGUGCUUAAUUGGACAAGUUGAAGCCCUUCCUCGCUGUUGGAAAUUUAACAAGCUUAUAAAACCUACUGGACAGUGGCUGUGAGGGCUGGACUUGGUCACCUCUGCUGUGCAGCCUAAGCACUUGCUCAAACUCAGGCCAGGAAUACAAUUCUUGUUUAUCUCCCCAAUGGAUGCCUGAGUUUAUUACCCUACAACAUCCCUGCCAAGUCCCUCACAAUACACAGGCCUUGGAAUUAAUAGAAUGUGCACCCAUCAGUAGCAAAUUAUAUGCCCAGCACUAGACGACCACAGCUCUCUUGCUGCUAUACACUGGGAACACACCAUUCCAUAUAUUACUGGGUUUGUAAUUUGCAGUUGGAAGACAGGUUGAGGUUUGAGGUGUAGCCUGCUCACCCAGAUAACAUUACCCAUUUUCAGGGUUUUAGGUUUCUGCAAUCAUGGUGGACAGAGCUGUGAGAUCUGUGCUUUUGGUCUCCGAUGGCAUAUAACCACUGUAAAAGUACAAACAGGUCCCCCCCCAGCUCUCCACUAUCCCUUUUGAGCUACUCAGUUUCCUUCCCCCUGUGUCUCCUAACCUCAGUGUCCUGGUCAAGAAUCCAGCAGGCUUGGCCUGUACUUGUGGCUGGUUCCCCUGUGCUGUGGUUCUCCUCUGCACUCUUCUGUCUCCAGUUCCUGUGUGCUGCUACGACAGUCCCUCACCUGCUGUUGAGAGCUGCUUUCCUGGAUAUUGUAGUAGUGCUUCAGUUUAGGGAAUACUGUUUCUUUUACAAUGCUGAAUAUAACAAUGAUACAAAAACAAAGCCUUUUUUUUUUCUUUUUAAAUGUUUGGAAUCUGGUUUACACUACUGUAAUGGAUUUCAUUUAACUUAUAAAUAAAGAAUCAAACUGAUAUAAAGCAUG